AUGUGGAGAAGGAAAAUAUUUGUUUUGUAUGAUGGAGAAUGCAACCUGUGCUACAAAGCAGUCAGGUUUCUUCAACCAAGACUUCGUCAAGAGCCUCUUAAAGUGUAUAAUUUCAUACCAUCACAGAAAGUCAUAGCGAAGAUGAACAAUGAGGAGGAAGUAUUUGUGGACGAAGAGUUAGUUAAUUUUUUGGAAGAGAGUAAUCAGGAAAUCGAUCUUUCUACUAUUUAUACUAUUGAUUUGAAUGAUAAUACUGUGAUGGUAAGAUCUAACGCUGUGUUGAAAAUUCUUUCAGCUACUGUUUCUCCUUGGAGGUAUUUAGUAGUGGGAAAAAUUUUGCCCACUUGACUCAGAGAUUGAGGGUAUCGGUUCAUUGCAAGAAUUAGGUAUAAACUCUUUGGUAGAAGAUGUGGAAGAUGAAUUAUGUAAUUCAACAGCAUUAAGGAGAUUAAUCCAUUUUAAAUUUCAAUAA